AUGCGAAUUGCUUUCAGUGCUGUCCUUGGCUUCUUGGCCGCUACGCAGGCCCAAGAGGUCUACAUCACUACCAUUGGAUAUACUGCUCGGCCCCAGUGUUCAAAAUCAACUGCUUCACCAAGCUAUCACUUCAAAUAUUUCUCAUUUUCCUUAGAGGAAACAGUUCGCCAUGCAACUUCCAUUCCUUCGCCAACAACUACAAAGACUUAUGCUCCGGCAUACAAGGAUGCAGCUAAACACCUGAAAACUACGGUUUCCACGACGACCUGGGGCAAUUGGCUUCCCGGUGAAACUGUCAUCCGUGCAACAGAUAGGGAAGAUCCCUACGGGCAAGCUGCAUGGUCAUCUAUGUGGAUACAAGCAGACCUGCAAAACUAUACUACCACCGGGAUCUUCUCGACCAUCAUCAGUCCUACUCCAAUUCCAACCAGUGAGCUAGUGCUGCCACCUCGUGACUAUUUUGGUCCUGCAGACUGCUACAACUUUCCCGACGACUUUAUUUUUGGCGUAGCCGGCAGCGCUGCUCAAAUUGAAGGCGCGAUCGCUCUUGAAGGACGCUCACCAUCUUUGCUUGAGAAAAUUGUCCCAGCCAAUAGCCCAAAAGACUAUGUCACGGAUGAAAAUUACUUUUACUAUAAGCAGGAUAUUGAGCGCCUGGCUGCUAUGGGUGUGGAGUACUACAGCUUCAGUAUCCCUUGGACUCGCAUUCUGCCCUUCGUCCUGCCUGGUACCCCGGUCAACAAACAAGCCAUCGAUCAUUACAAUGACUUGAUCAACACGGUCCUUGAUGCUGGCAUGCAACCUGUGGUAACCAUGCUUCAUUUUGACAGCCCACUCAUAUUUUUGGCCAGUGACAGUAUCGCCCGACAUCCCGAUAUUGGAAAUGUCAAUGCCGGAUAUCAGAAUGAGACAUUUGUUGAUGCAUUUGUCAACUACGGAAAAACACUCUUAGCAAAUUUCGCCGAUCGAGUCCCCCUCUGGAUCACAUUCAAUGAGCCAUUGCUUUACGCAUUCAAUUUCCAGGGCGUUGAUAAUGUUAUACAUGCACAUGCCCAGGUAUAUCGGUUUUACCACGAGGAGCUAAAAGCCACUGGCAAAAUGAGUCUCAAACUCAACGAUAAUUUUGGUGUGCCGAAGAAUCCAAAGAAUACUAGUGAUGUUGAGGCCGCAAAUCGCUUCAACGAGAUGCAACUUGCCUUCUUUGCCAAUCCGAUUUUCCUCGGCAACCAAUACCCCGAUUCCAUUUUGCACACUCUGCCCGGAGCGAGGGCGUUGAACAAGACUGAAUUGAAAUACAUCGGUCAUACGGCUGAUUUCUUUGCCAUUGAUCCGUAUACAGCUACGGUUGUUUCGCCGGCCUCUGAGGGUUUCAGUGCCUGUGCGGCGAAUACGUCCAGUUCCAAUUCAUAUUUCCCAUACUGUGUCAUUAAGGAAACGAAGAACGUCUAUGGGUGGGAUCUUGGCUAUAGAUCCGGUGAGUAA